UCAUCGUCAUCAGCACUACGAAAUAUUUGCUAAUUUUCUUUCUCCUCCUCAUGUCCAAUUUCUUCUCUUCACAGGAAUCCCCCAGGAAACACUGGACAAACUCCGUGAUGAGUUCACCACUGACGACAGACUUAUGUUCACCCAAGGUGUAUGCAACCACGUUAACAUCAACGAGAUAUCCCGUUGUCCUCGGCAACUACUUGAUGUUAACCAUGUUUUCAGUGUCAAGGUCGAAGAAGCAAAACCGGUGACCCACCAGAGGGCAUCGGGACGAUGUUGGAUAUUUGCCGCACUCAAUCAGAUGAGAAUCCCAUUUAUGGAAAAAUUUGAAGUGCCAGAGUUUGAAUUCAGCCAAGCAUAUCUGUUCUUUUGGGAUAAACUUGAGAGAAGCAACUUCAUCCUGGAUGCGUUCAUUGACUGCGCUCGCAACGGCAACACAGCCGGCAGCCGAGUCGUUGACCAUUUGCUGGUCAACGCCUCCGAUGAUGGUGGCCAAUGGGACAUGUUGGUCAACUUGAUUUCCAAAUAUGGUAUUGUACCGAAGAACAUCUUCCCAGACACUGUGUCCUGUGAGGCUUCAAGAUAUUUGGUCAGCAUCAUCAGUCACAAGGUAUGUAUUGGAAAUAAACUCUCAUGCUUGUCUUUGUGUAUGUAUACAGGGUGGAGUCAAAAGGUUCCAGGAUUAGUUAUCUAUAAUAGUAAAAAUGAAAUUCUGUUUCUCCAUCUGGGACCCCUGUAUCUCAGUCUAUACUCUUUUACUCUUUUACUGGUUUCACUCAUUUGACUGUAGCCAUACUGG